AUGCCCCUAGUUAAAAGUCUAUUUCAUCAGAUACGAUGUGCGGUGGAUUUGAAAAACAGUGUCAUUAUCAAUGUUGUUCAGAUUCGUUCUGCAACUAAGAGAGUUUCGGGAUCAAAGACCAAUAAUAAAGAUUCAGCAGGUCGAAGAUUGGGGCCAAAAGUGAGCGAGGGACAUCCCGUCAAGCCUGGACAGAUUAUUAUGAGACAAAGAGGAACUAAAAUACACCCUGGCGAGAAUGUGAGAAUAGGUGUAGAUCACACAAUAUACGCAGUGGAGCCUGGUUUUGUUAGAUUCUACCUUGACCCAUUUCAUCCCAUGAGAAAGUAUGUGGGUGUUGCUUUGAAAAAGGACAUUAGAUUACCAAAGGAGCAUUUUGCGCCAAGAUUAAGGAGAUUUGGAUAUGUACCUAUCACCGACCCUACUGCUGCCUUGGCAGCAGAAGCAGAGCAAUCAAGAAAAGAAUCACAGUUGAGGCCCAAAUUGGAAGGAGUUCGUCGGCAAAAAGGAGCACUUAGAUCUACUAGAAUAAAGAAGAUGAAACAGUCCAUUGCAAAUGACUUUGCCAUGGAUUUGACAGAAGGUGAUAUGGAACUCGCAGCAAAGAGAUUGGUCAAUAUUUUGGAGCUAGUAGAAGCGGGAGAAACGUUAUUUGCAGCGCGGAUACAAGAAACCUACAAUGGAUUGUACAAUUUGAGGCUUCAGUAUCGGAAAAAUGAGUUGAACAUGGAGGAAUUCGAGCUAGCAAAGCUGAAUUACAUUAGCUUUUCGGAGAAAAUUGAUGGUCAGAUUGGAGUGUCACAGGAUGCAAUAUUGUUCAAGAGCAUGAGUGAAACGGAGUUUGACAAUUUGAGAAAAGAAUUGAGGGCAAAAUUGGAGACUCUUUUCAAAACAGAGGCACUACAGAAAGAUUAUAGACAGAAAGCAGCCGAUCUUAUAGAAACCCCUGGUGCAUUCAACAACAAAGAACGCCAAGAAUUGAGACAACAAUUUUUGUGCAAAACUUUACCAUACGAUAUUCCUGGAUCUGUUAUUACUGACAUCGAUCCAAAGAACGUUCCUGAAAAUGUCAUAGUUCAGCGAAUUUAUAAUGAGUCAAAGAGACGUGUUGAAACUAUAGGGCGUCCUAAGGAAGCUUUUGCUUGA